AUGGAAAAUAACCAACACCCCACUUCAGAUAAUCCCAAUGAUCACGAUGAUGUAAUCUGCAACUCAUCAUCAUCAUCAGAAGAAGAAGAACAAGUCCAAAGUACUCCCACAGCACAAGUAAUAGUACAUCAUCAUCAAAGUAAUAGUACUACUACUACUAGGUUGUAUGAGUGCAGUUUCUGCAAGAAAGGGUUUUCAAAUGCUCAAGCUCUUGGAGGACACAUGAAUAUUCACAGGAAAGACAAGGCCAAACUCAAACAGCAAUCUUCAAAACCAAGUCAUCAUCAUCAAGCAGCAAAAACCAAUAUUAUUCCGUUGACCCCUUCAAGGGAUAAUCUUACUAAGCCGCCCUCGGAAUUUACCAGUUUUGCAACCAACAAAUGGCGGCCUUACAGUAGUUUUGCACCAAAUCAUCGUCAUCAUCAAGAAGAAGAAGAAAAUGAAGAAGUUUCUACAAAUUAUGACAGCCGCCAAGUGGCGCUUUCAGACCCUCAACAGCUGCCAUUGUUUGUUGAAACAGCUUCGACUUCAGGGUUUGAUAUUAAUGACAGUGAUACAUAUUCUAAUAAUCAAAUCAAUCAUCAUCAUCAUCAUCAUCAUCAUGUUGUGGAUCAUCAUGAGUUGGAUCUUGAGCUUAGGCUCGGGCAGAAGCCUUCCAAACAAACAAUGGAUUUGGGCACAAGGAAGUUUUUCUGA